UCUGUGAAGGCGGACUACGUCCUGGUCACCUCCUCAGCUAAAGCCACACGCCUCAUCCAAUUCAUGCCCCCGCUCUCCUCCAGCAAGGCCCAUGCCCUGCGCUCCAUCCACUACUCCACCGCCACCAAGGUGGUCUUGUCCUGCACCGAAAAGUUCUGGGAGAAGGACGGGAUUCGGGGCGGGCCGUCGGUCACGGAUCACCCAUCCCGGUUCAUCUACUACCCCAACCACGACUUCUCGAGCGGGCGGGGGGUGAUCGUGGCUUCCUACACGUGGAACGAUGACGCGGAGUUCUUCGUGCCCCUGAGUGAC